CACACCUCUGGAAGUUUUGUAUCGUCGCGGGUUUGUUCAUAUCAAGGAUGGCCGUGCAAACGGAGAGAGGAAUCCCGCUCAGUGCGCUUAAUCCAAAGUUCCUUCACACCAACUCCACCAGCCACACCUGGCCCUUCAGUGCUAUUGCUGAGCUGAUAGACAAUGCUUACGACCCAGAUGUGAGUGCCAAACAGUUCUGGAUUGAUAAGACAGCAAUCAGAGGUCAUGACUGUCUAAUUUUCAUGGAUAAUGGAGCAGGAAUGGGUUACGAUAAGAUGUACAAGAUGCUCAGUUUUGGUUUCAGUGACAAGGAGACUAUAAAUGGCCAUGUCCCUGUGGGCCUCUAUGGCAAUGGAUUUAAGUCUGGAUCCAUGCGCUUGGGGAAGGACGCCAUCGUGUUUUCCAAGAAUGGAGAGUCCAUGUGUGUGGGCCUUCUGUCCCAGACGUAUCUUCAGGAGAUACAUGCAGAGAAUGUCAUUGUACCCAUUGUGCAAUUCAAACGCGUCGGACAGUCAUUCGAACCCGAGUCACAACACAAAGCAAGUCUUCAGGAUAUCCUGUGCUACUCCCUGUUCCAGAAAGAGUCAGAGCUGCUCUGUGAGCUCAAUGCCAUCAGUGCACACUAUAACACAGAGUCCACAGGAACACGAAUCAUUAUCUGGAACCUCCGCAAAACAUCCACAGGCAAAUCUGAGUUUGACUUUGACACAGACCGCUAUGACAUCCAGAUUCCAUCUGAAGUAUAUGAGAGUGAAAAGGAGAAAUACAAGCAACCGUGUCGCUCAUUUCAGUCAAGCCCAGAGAGCGACUUCUCCCUGCAGGCGUACUGUAGCAUCCUCUACUUGAAGCCCAAAAUGCAGAUUAUCAUUCGUGGACAGAAAGUGAAAACCCAGCUCAUCUCUAAAAGCCUGGCAUACAUUGCAAAGGAUAGAUACAAACCCAACUUUCUAAAUAGAGAAAGCAUUCCUAUCACAUUCGGCUACAACACCAAGAGCAAAGAACAUUACGGAGUCAUGAUGUACCAUAAAAACAGGCUCAUCAAAGCCUAUGAACGUGUUGGAUGUCAAAACAAGGCAAAUGAAAAAGGAGUGGGAGUCAUUGCGGUGAUUGAGUGCAACUUCCUCAAGCCAACUCACAACAAGCAGGACUUUGACUACACAGAAGAGUACAGGAGAACUAUGCAAACUUUGGGUGUGAAACUAGAAGAGUAUUGGAAAGCGAUCCGUCAUAAGAAGGGAUCAAACCCUAGUACAGUACCUAUGGAGGAUAUCCCGAAGCGUCCUGAUCAGAACUGGGUUCAGUGUGAUGAGUGUCUGAAAUGGAGAAAACUUCCAGAUGGCAUCGACAUGAAUAAGCUCCCUGAGAAAUGGUUCUGUCGAUUUAAUCCAGACCCCCAGUUCAGGCGAUGUGAAGAACCAGAAGAAGCAGAAGAUUCUGAAGAUGAAACUUCAGAGUGCCUAAAAAAAUACAAACAGCAUGAAAGAAACCUCAAAAAACAGCAGGAACAGCAAAGAACUCAGAUGGAAGAAACCAGGUUGAGGCAGGAACAGCAGAGAAAUGCAAAACUGCUUCAACAGAAUGUGGCUCUGAAAAUGAAAGUUGACCUUGUGCGUCAUCUCUAUGAGAAAUCCCCUUCCUCACCCAGAUCACCUACGACCGCUUUGACACCGAUGAGCCCUUUCAGUGCAGUUCCCCUUUCACAGUCUGCUUCUAGCCCCUCGGAUAGCAUGCCAGUGAUUUCAAAUGUCAUGUCCCUCUCCACUCCUAAAAGAGCAAAGAGAAGUCUAGGUUUGUCCCAGAGCCAAACUGCAAAAAGAGCAAGAAUAUUACAUGACUACAGUAGCAACACAGCAGACAGUCCAUCAACAUCCGCAGCUACAUCAGAUGUCUUAGCCUCCUCACCUUUGGGGUUCACAGACAAUGAUGGCAAUAAUGUUGAUGAAAACAAUGUAGAGAAUAGUGACGACGAUGACGUUGUUAUUGAUGAGACACACAGCACGCCAAGACCCAAAGCCUUUGACCUUUCUAAGGUGAAGAUGGAAGAAAAGACCAGCGAUGAUGCACCAGGAUUAUAUAUGGAGUGCAGUGAUCAAGCUGAAACUGAAAACACGGGAAAGGAAGCAGUGGAACCAUCGACUUCUACUGGCCAAACAAGCAUUACAACUCAAACAGAACGUUUGAUUGUAAAGGCGGAGGAAGACGAGCAAGCUGAGAUCAAGAAGGAGAAGAUUGAGAAUGAUGCGAGAGGGAUGGAACGGAGCACUGCUGAUGUGGGAAGCGGCACAGAAAUCAAAACCCCCAUGGAGGUUAAAAGAUGUACUAGCGUAGAAACGUCCAGACCAAAUCUUGAAAAACUAGAGGAGAUAUCUAAGGAGAAUAAGAUCAGUUUUGAGCAACAUGCAAAGUCAGAUGUAGAAAACCAGGAAGAUAUGGCAUCAACUUCCAAGACCCCACAUUUCUCUGACAUAGAAAUAGACCUGAUGCCAGCCCAUGAAGCGCAGAAGCAGCAGGAUAACCUGCUCGAUCUCCUGGAGGCCACAGCCCAGGAGAGAGAUGAAUUGAAAGAGCAAGUUCAACAGAAAGAAUUCAAACUGUUGGAACUCACCAUAAAGAAAGACUGCAGCCAUCAGAGCAUCCAGACAGAUCCAUCAGAGGAACAGCACUAUAAGGCUCUCUACUUAAAGGCCACACAGUCCAACAACAAGCUUAUGCAAGAGAGGGAUGAGCUAAAAGUGAAACUGGAGGAGUUGAAAAUUAAAGCUGAGAAAGAGGCACAGGACAAGGUGUGUCAAGACCGGUCGAAAGCUGAGGGGGAGGGACACUCAUCAACAGCAACUGGUUGUGAAAAUGUAGAUGAUGAAACGGCUCUUCAAGUGGACUUUCUUCUAAGGGAGAUAGAUAAUCGCAACACCGAAUGUCAAGAACUGAGAAGCAAGUUGGAGAGCUUGGAGCAGGAGAAAGCUAACUGCGAACAGCUGCAGAAGGAAGUAGAAGAGCUGAGGAAACAAAAAGAGGAGUGGAGCAAUGCAAGAGAGCAAGAGACUCUGCAGGACAUUGACACCAGUUCACAACAAACAUGCAGCAGAGGCACAGCUACAAACCUUGUGAAUGGGAUCAAAAAUGAAGGAGAGGGUCAGAACACAGUGACACCAACAAAGUUGAGGGAGCUGAGGUGCAGCAUUGCCCGUUUAUUGGUCACUUUCGUUCCUGCCCUGGACCUCGACCAAGUGAACUAUGACUGUGAGGUCAUAGAUGAGAUUUUAAAUCAGGUCAUACAGGAGAUUUCGCCCUCUGAGACCACUUUUACUUAAAGCCAGCUUUAGGUUAUUGUUCUGUGCAUGGAGACAAAACGUUCAAAUUUUAUUGCACUCUUAAUAGAUACUAUUAAAUUGUUAAGUUUUAUUUAUUUUCAUGUUUUCCCUUGCUGUUCUUUGGGCAAGUUUUACAUCCUUUUAUACAUUCUUCUUCUUUUGGUUAUUGGAAUAGAAUUGUUGUUUCAAGAAUAACACUUCACCUUUCUGUCACAAAAACUUAAGCUUAUUAAGCUUACAAAUGUUGUUUAAGUUUUCUGUAAUUUUUCAGAUACGCAAUUGGGUGUAUUUCUGAUACACAAUGGUUCUAAUAUACACAAUAGUGAGUGGAUAACAGUUGUAAUAAAUGCUACUCAAAUUGUGUACAGGCAGUUCUGUGUAUAAAAUUGUACAUAAUGCUGUUUUUGAAAAAGUUUAAUUAUAAAAUAAAUUUUAUAUUUGUUUGAU